AGCGGCCUUGGCUUUUCCUUCAUCCCUUCCUUCAAACUUAUUACUCUCUCUCUUCCCUCUCUCUCUCUUCUUCCACCAUAGCUAGAAGCUCCAGACAGACGUUAAAGUAAUGGCAAUUGACUGCAUAACAAACGUUCCCUCCAUGCCUCACCCACCAAAACAUGGAACCAAAGAAGAGAAAGAGGAAGAGCCUCUGGUUUUCGAUGCCUCUCUUCUCAGGCACCAACAUCAUCUUCCAAAGCAGUUUAUAUGGCCUGAUGAAGAGAAGCCAUGCUUGAAUCCUCCUGAGCUUGUUGUUCCACUCAUAGACCUCAGAGGGUUUCUUUCUGGAGACCCUUUUGCAGCCAUGGAAGCUUCUAGACUUGUGGGUGAGGCAUGCAGAAAGCAUGGCUUCUUCCUUGUUGUUAACCAUGGGAUUGAUUCUAGAUUGAUCUCUGAUGCCCACCGUUUCAUGGACGACUUCUUUGAGCUUCCCCUGUCUCAGAAACAGGGAGCUCAGAGAAAACCAGGGGAGCCCUGUGGCUAUGCUAGUAGCUUCACUGGCAGAUUCUCCUCUAAACUCCCCUGGAAAGAGACGCUCUCUUUCCAAUUCUCAGCAAACAAACACUCACAAAACCUCGUCAAAGAUUACUUAUGCCAAAAAAUGGGCCACGAGUUCGAGCAAUUCGGGAUGGUUUAUCAGGAGUAUUGCCAAGCCAUGAGCGAUCUUUCUUUGGUUAUAAUGGAGCUUUUGGGAAUGAGCCUCGGAGUUGGGAGAACGUGCUUUAGGGAAUUCUUUGAUGAGAACAAUUCGAUAAUGAGGCUCAAUUAUUACCCACCUUGUCAAAAACCAGACCUCACUCUAGGCACUGGUCCUCACUGUGAUCCAACCUCUUUAACUAUUCUUCACCAAGACAAAGUGGGUGGCCUCCAAGUUUAUGUCGACAAUGAGUGGCACUCCAUUAGCCCUAAUUUCAAUGCUUUUGUGGUCAAUGUUGGCGACACCUUCAUGGCUCUUUCAAAUGGGAGAUACAAGAGUUGCUUGCAUAGGGCAGUUGUGAACAGCCAAACAACAAGAAAAUCUCUUGCCUUCUUUUUGUGCCCGAGAGAUGAUAAGGUGGUGACUCCACCAAGUGAAUUAGUGGACCAUGUGAGCCCAAGGAUGUACCCAGAUUUUACAUGGCCUAUGUUUCAUGAGUUCACUCAGAAACAUUACAGAGCAGACAUGAACACCCUCAAGCAAUUUACCGACUGGGUUCAACGAAACAAGUCCUGAAAUCUCAGAGGAUAAUACUAGUCUGUUGGAUUUUAACACUCUCAACAGAAAACAGAGGAGUUUUGGUGAAGCAGGGGAGGGAGGGAGAAGUGAAUGUUUUUGUGUAAUGAAGGGAAAGAGGGAAUGUACAAGAGUGAUAAGAAAUGAAUAAAAUGAUUUUGUAGCCUUUAUUAGAA